AUGGCCUUCACGGCGGAAAAGUACGACCCGGCUGUCACAGGCUCGUGGCUCGUCUGCAACACAUGCGGCACUCAGUUCGCCACGUCUGAUGUGUCUGCCGUCAAGACAUGUCACAUCUGCGACGACCCGCGGUCCUUUGUCCCGGCGUCGGGACAGUCCUUCACCACUCACGAUCAAGUGGCCAAGAAACACCGCAACCAGUUUACGGCGUACGCCGGCGAUGAGCGCUUCGUGUCCAUCGCCACGACACCCAAGUUUGCCAUCGGACAGCGGGCCAUCCUGAUGCGCACUGGCCGAGGCAACAUCCUCUGGGACUGCUUGACGCUCCUCGACCAAGAAACCAUCAACCACAUCCACCAGCUGGGCGGUCUCAAGGCCAUUGUCAUCAGCCAUCCGCAUUACUACAGCACCCACGUCCAAUGGGGCCGGGCGUUCCGUUGCCCCGUGUACAUUGCCUCGGAGGACAAGCCCUGGACUACCAUGGACUCUGGCCACCAGGUUCUCGUCACGAAUGUCGAGACGAGCGUCUCGGACACGGACGCGGUGGCCAUCAAGCUCGGCGGCCACUUCCCCGGCUCGCUGGCCCUCUUGUUCGACGGGCGGCUCUUGAUUGCAGACACGCUCGUCACGACGCCCGCGGGCAUUGGAAAAUGGGAAGUCGACGGCACCGGCGCCGCCCGCGCGAAGCCGCCCGGCCUCAACUCCUUCUCGUUCCUCUGGAGCAUCCCAAACUACGUCCCUCUGGACGCUGACGAGUUGGCCCGCAUGUGGGCCAUCCUGAAGAGGUACCAAUUCAAGUCGACCCAUGGAGCCUUCUUGGGCAUGGACAUUGAGGACCCGUGCGUGAAGCAGAGGGUGUUGGAGAGCAUGCAGAUCCAGGCCAAGGCUAUGGGGUACGCGGAACAUGGGAUUAUGAGGGAGACGAUUUGA